AUGCUCGUGUAUGCCAAGAAGUCUUUUCACACAGAUGUCCUUAGUGAUAAUAUGGAUCAGUCCGGAGUUCUCCUCUGGGUGAAAGCAGAACCCUUUAUAGUGGGUGCCUUGCAAGUCCCCCCUCCAUCCAAGUUCAGUCUUCACUAUCUCAGGAAGAUAUCCACCUAUGUGCGAACCCGGGCCACAGAGGGGGCUUACCCACGCCUGUACUGGUCUACGUGGAGGCACAUUGCAUGUGGGAAGCUGCAGUUGGCCAAGGAUCUGGCGUGGCUUUACUUUGAAAUAUUUGAUAGUCUUGCAGUGAAGACACCAGAAGAGCGCCUGGAAUGGUCCGAGCUUCUGUCCAACUGCAUGUCUGAGGAUGAAGUCGAAAAGCAAAGAAAUCAGCUUUCAGUGGACACCCUACAGUUUCUGCUCUUCUUAUAUAUACAGCAGCUAAACAAGGUUUCCUUGAGGACAUCUUUGAUUGGAGAAGAGUGGCCUAGUCCCAGAAAUAGAUCUCAGUCUCCUGACUUGGCUGAAAAAUCCAGUUGCCAUAAUAAGAACUGGAAUGAUUACAGUCACCAAGCAUUUGUCUAUGAUCAUCUGUCAGACCUCCUUGAGCUGCUUUUAGAUCCAGAACAACUCACUGCAUCAUUUCAUUCGACCCAUAGUAGUCUCGUCUCUCGAGAAGCUGUUGUGGCCCUCAGCUUUCUGAUUGAAGGUACAGUGAGUGGAGCCAGGAAGAUAUAUCCACUUCAUGAACUUGCACUGUGGCAACCACUACAUGCAGAAAGUGGCUUCUCAAGGCUCUCUAAGACCUUUUCUUUCUACAAGCUGGAAGCCUGGCUGAGAACCUGUUUGACUGGGAAUCCAUUUGGUACAUCUGCCUGCCUCAAGUCUGGAAAGAAAUUGGCUUGGGCUCACCAAGUUGAAGGGACGACCAAAAGAGCUAAGAUUGCUUGUAAUACUCAUGUGGCCCCUAGGAUGCACCGCAUGGUGGUGAUGAGCCAGGUUUACAAGCAGACCUUGGCCAAGAGCUCAGAUACUCUGGUGGGGGCACACGUAAAGAUUCAUCGUUGCAACGAAUCUUUUAUAUAUCUGCUGUCUCCCUUACGAUCUGUGACCAUUGAGAAGUGCAGGAAUAGCACAUUUGUCUUGGGCCCCGUACAGACUGCUCUUCACCUCCACAGCUGUGACAACAUUAAAGUCAUUGCUGCCUGCCACCGUUUGUCCAUCUCUUCCACGGCAGGCUGCGUCUUUCACAUUCUGACGCCUACACGCCCACUUAUUCUCUCUGGAAACCAGAGAGUAACUUUGGCCCCUUUUCACACCCAUUAUCCAAUGCUGGAGGAUCACAUGGCCAGGACCGGCCUUGCUACAGUGCCUAACUAUUGGGAUAAUCCAAUGAUUGUGUGCAGAGAGAGCAGUGACACAAGUGUCUUCCGACUCUUACCACCUUGUGAAUUCUAUAUAUUUAUUAUCCCCUUUGAAAUGGAAGGGGAUACGACAGAGAUACCUGGGGGGCUUCCGUAUGCAUAUCAGAAAGCACUGCGUCAAAGAGAGCAGAAGAUACAAAUCUGGCAGAAAACUGUGAAGGAGGCUCGUUUGACAAAGGAUCAGAGGAAGCAGUUCCAGGUACUCGUGGAGAACAAGUUUUAUGAGUGGCUGAUUAAUACAGGACAUCGCCAACAGCUGGACAGUCUGGUGCCCCCUGCCGCAGGCUCCAAACAAGCAGCAGGAUAA